AUGAGGAUCGCAGACCGUUACUACGUGGAGAGAAGAGCGCCGCGGACAUCACUAAGUGACGUCGAUGCGGACAGUCCGGGACGUGGACAAAUGCGUCGCGCGAGUCCCCGUGACGCGUACAUUGAGCUUUCAUUUGGGCAAUUCUCGACUAAAUCCCGGCCAAUCGGGCGCCCCGGCCGCCUAACUGCCGCCCAUUUAGCUGAA